AUGUCUGAGGAAAUUGAUCCCUCUCAUUCAGGAUUCUGGGGACAAGUAGUUCCAGCUGGCGAAACAGUAAAUCUUGAUAUGCCAUCUCAGUGCACAUUAACGAUCACUCAAGCAGUUAUCCCAGAUGUAACAAAAGAAACAGAAAAGGGCCCAGUUAGACUUUUCGCCACCGUUAAAACUUUAAUUCCUGAUGAUGAAGAAGAGGAAAAGCCAAAUGCCGAAGAAACAGAUUUGAAAUACACCGAAUCUGAACUCUUACUCGCAACAUUGCAGCCAUUUACAUCAGAAACAGUAUCUCUAAAUCACUUGUUCUCUCCACUUAACAUAGUUAAGCUCCAAAACAAAGGAAAACUCGAUAUACAUUUAUCCGGUGUUGUUGAAUACUUGGAAAAUGAGGAAGAAGAAGAUGCCGAAGAAGAAAAAGGAGAAGCAAAGGAAGAGAAAGAAGAAAAAGCCGAAAAUUAA